AUGGCUGAAAACGAGGUGAACGAGUUUGACAGGAAAGAGGGUCAAGAAGUGAUCGUGGACUGUCGCCCGUGCAAAUAUUAUUCGAAUUCAGUUGCUACACUCCACCUAUUGUUGGAAGGCGACUUGGUAUUCAAAUUGAACCCUGGUCCAACGUCAAGCUCGAUUUCGUCAUCAAAAUAUCAUUUUUCAUUAUGUGUUUUAAAUGCUCGCUCAAUCAAGAAUAAGAGUGCUGACAUAAUGGACCAUGUAUGUGAUCACAAGUUUGAUAUUAUUGCAAUUACAGUGACCUGGCUCCAAUCCAACGAUACGGCA